UAAAACAAACAACAUUUUUUUUCUCACCCAACAAAAAUUAUAUCAAUUCAAGAAAAAAGUUUCAAUCUUUUAUUUUUUUGAAUAUCAAUUCAAGAAAAAAGAAGAAAAAAAGUUUGAAUCUUUUUAUAUGGAACAACAACAAGAAGUUUGUACAAUGGAUUUGAAAGAAACAGAGUUAAGUCUUAGAUUACCAGGUGAAAAAGUGCCAGAAUUUGAAGAAAAAUCAGUGGUUAAAAGAAGAUUUUCUGAUACUUUGGAUUUGAACCUUGGUCGUGAAGAUUGUAAUGGAAAGAAAGUUGCUAGAAAUGGUGAAUUUGAUCAAUUAGACCAAUCUUCUCCUACUAAAACUCCACCUUCCAAGACACAAUUGGUAGGAUGGCCGCCAGUGAGAGCAAGUAGGAAGAAUGUAAUGAAAAGUUACAAAUAUGUGAAGGUUGCAGUUGAUGGAGCACCUUAUCUUAGAAAAGUAGAUCUUGAAUUAUACAAUUCUUAUCAACAACUUUUGAAGGCUUUGGAAGAUAUGUUUUCUUCCUUCACCAUUCGUCAUUUCUUCAAUGAUGGAAAAUUAAUGGACCCUGUUAAUGGAUCUGAUUAUGUACCAACAUUUGAGGACAAAGAUGGUGAUUGGAUGAUGGUUGGAGAUGUUCCUUGGAAUAUGUUUGUUGAAUCAUGCAAAAGAAUUAGGCUGAUGAAGAGCUCAGAAGCUGUUGGAUUAGGGCCAAGAACACCAUCCAACAUUGAGUAACGCAAGAGAUGAUUUCGAAACAUAGGGAGAAUCGUGUUAUUUAAUUUUUUAAAAGUUGGGUACACAUACUUAGAGUAUAAGGAAAAUGUUGUCCAAAGUGGUAUGGUUCAAAGCAUUAGUUCAUAAAAUGCUCUCACUAUGCUUCUAAUUUUGGGAUUGGACAUGUGAGACUUGUAGAUCAAUAUGAUUAAGGUUUAAUUAAUAUAGUUGGAGCUCACUUCCUUACCUUAAUUAAAGGGAGUUGAAGUGAAACAUACAAGUAGAAGUGCGUCCUAAACGGGUUUAAUGUUCCUUGUGUUGUUCUUUUGUUUGUUGCUUUUUAGUUUUUAGAUUAAUGCCUUAACAAGGCCUCUUUGUAUUGAUCUUUGAAUGACUUCAUUCCAUUGUUGUUGAUAUCUUGUACAAAUUAUUAACAUGAAAUAGUUUUCUUUUUUA